AGAUGGCUGCGGGAAAGGGGAGAGUGUCUGAGGAAUCGUCCAGUGGGAUGUUUAUCCGUCGCUAACAGGAUGCACCGCGGCCCCAGCGGAGGAGUGGUUCACGUGUCAGCUCCCCCGGCUCAGUGCCCUGCGGCUCGCCAGUUGUCUCCGGGUCACUCCCUCGCCGCUCACCCGUUCACGGCUCUGACAUUGUGGAACUCGUUAGCGGCUAGCCGUUAGCAACCAGCCGUUAGCCACCGAGCGGCGCUAACGCACUAGCAAGGGCAGCUAGCAAAGCAGGUGAUCCGCGGUGGACCACCAGCACCUCGCGACAACAACAACAACAACAACAACAACAACAACUGUCGGGACAACACACCCCGAACGACCCCCGGAGUGCCCGUCCUGACUGGCUAUGGAGUGGUGUUGGCUCCAGACCGGAUGACGGGUCUAGAGGGAGGACGGGUUCACACAGUGUCUAGAGCAGUAGUGGGCUUUUCUUGGACGGACACUAACCGGCAGUGACAAGCCCAUACAGCCGACCUCCUUCGCCUCCUUCUCUCUAGAUACACUUUCCCUCCCCUUCAUCCCCUUUCUCUCCUCCUCCCCCUCGGAUUCUCCCUCCUGCAUCCUCUUUUCCUUUCCUUCCCUCUUAAUUUUCUGUUUACCUUUCACUGGAAACCCUUCCCUCUUGUUUGGGUUUUUGCGACUUGUGGACCUGCCUCCCACCGGGCCCAGGAUGAGCUGGCUGAGCAGGCUGAACCCGCGGGGAACCGCGAGUCGGUCCGGCCGCAACGCCGCCCCCUCCAGCCCCUGCACCGCCGACCCCGAGACCUGCCUCAUGGUGUUCGAGAACCACUGGAGACAGGUCUCUUGGGUGUUGGAGCAGCACGAGCCUUCAUCGUCCAGCGACGACCUGACGGCAGUGAGGAACCACACGGACCAGAUGUUUUGUCUGUUGGCAGAGGAGCGUCCCGCCGAGAGCCCCGAGGGCGGCGCCAGCGCACCACCCAUGGGCCCCAUACUGGAGCUGGUGGUCACCGAGAACGUCCUGGAGAGCCUGGUCCAGUGGCACCUCCGCCGCGGCCUGGACCCCGACAGCCAGGGCGCGCUGCUCAAGCUCUUUGAGAUGCUCAUCGGCCAGUCGCAGCAGCCGCUGCUGCAGCACACGGCUGUUCUCCACCCGCUGCUGAGGCUCCUGGGAGCUUGUGCCGACCCAGAGCUCGGUUGUCCUCCGGUCCUGGAGAACAGCCUGGUACUGCUGCUCAACCAGGUGUGCGUGACCAUGGCCCGGCAGCCAGUGGUCUUGGAGAUGUUGUUCCGCGCAUCGCCAGCCCAGCAGGGCUCCACCAACCUUCUGAUUUUCUCCCUCCUCGUGCCCUUCAUCCACCGGGACGGGGCCAUUGGACAGCAGGCCCGGGACGCGCUGCUGCUGGUCAUGGCGGCCUCGGCCAGCCACGAGGCUGUGGCACGCUACAUCUCUGAGAACUCUUACUUCUGCCCAGUGUUGGCCACUGGCCUCAGCGGCCUCUACUCGUCUCUGCCCAGGAAGAUCGAGGUGCGGGGAGACGACUGGCACGCCCUGCGGCGCGAGGACUGGAUCGGCGUGUCGUCCCUCGUGCUGUUCAUGAACUCACUGGAGUUCUGCAACGCCGUGGUGCAAGUCGCCCACCCCCUGGUCCGCUGCCAGCUCCUGGACUACCUCCACAAUGGCUUCCUCGUACCCGUCAUGGGCCCCGCCCUGCAUAAGUCGUCGGUGGAUGAGAUGAUUGCCAGCACCGCCUACCUGGACCUCUUCCUGCGCAGUGUGACAGAGACUUCCCUCCUCAAAACCUUCCUGCGCUUCAUCCUGCUGCAUUGCCACGACAACGACACCAUCCUGGACACACUGCUCACGCGCAUCAGCAGCAAUUCAAGGCUCUGCAUGGUGUCGCUGAGCCUCUUCAGGACUAUGCUCUCUCUGCACUGUGAAGACAUCGUGCUGCAGCUCGUUCUCAGGUAUCUGCUGCCCUGCACCCAUGUAAUGCUGAGUCAGCGUCGUGCCAUCAGGGAGACCGACAUUUACGGAAAGUCGGCAGACAAGUUCCUGUCGCUGAUCCCGGAGUGCUGCCGGCUGAACGCAGCGCCCUCCGCUGACCGAGACGAGGACAGCGCGCUCUGGGGCAAAGUGAUGAACAGUCCGAGCGCAGAGUCUCUGGUCCCGCCAAGACCCAGCACCCCGUCCCGCUUAGCUUUCUUCAUCCGCCAGCAGAGCAGCGGAGGAGGAUUAGGAGGAGGGAGUCCCUCCACCCCCACUAGCAUGGAGCCGCUGCCGUCGGGUCCAGCUGGCUCCCACCCAAUGUCCCCCGACAGCCCCAUGCACCAGGUGCAGACAAACACAGAGUAUCUGGACUGGGACUCGGGCUACCUGGAGUACCUCAGAGACGCCCGACGGGGCAUCGAGCUCUGCUCCUGGGCCUGCCGCGACUGGUCGGCGCCCUACGACGGGGAAACCCCGUCCCCGAACACAGCCCUACCGCCGCCGCCUCCCCCGAGCUCCAACCCCUCCAUGGCUAUGUUCCCCGAGCACUUCUCUUUUAAGCAGGCAGGAAGCAGCAACAACACCCCUCCCGGCCAGCAGAGGGCAGCCAUUGUGGCCGCCGCACGGUCCGAGUGGAGCAGCUCGGAGCGAGACAGUGGAGAGUGGGACGUCACGAUCGGCAAGAACAGUUGCAUCAGCCUCACGCCACGCUCCAAGAAACGCAGCCUGCAGAGAGAGGAGCUACUGCCGAAACCUGUCCCUCCUCUCGUCCCGUCCUCCUCGUCUUCUUCAGCCGCUCCUCUGUCAAGUUCUCACGCCUCCUCGUCCCCAGCCCCUCACAUCCCCACCUCCGCCAUCACCGUUAGUUACCAGGCCAUGUAUAACGGAACAAUGGGACAGGGGCACGGAUGCUCGGACAGUCGGGACAGAGGCCUGGAGGUGAAAAAAGUGAAGAGAGACUUGGGGGAGCAGCAGUACUUGGAUGAAAAUGCGAAUCAGAACGGAUCCCUCGUCACACACACACCCCAUAGCCGCACCAGUCUCCCACAGUCCAUUUUUAGCAACAGUGACAUCAGCGAUGCAAAGCCCCUCUGCUCUAACCCGAUUCCCCCACAGAGCUCCGUUCCCCAGCCGACGCCUGACGCCAAACUGCCGACAGGCGACACCUCAAACCCGAACGGCGCCCCCUCCGAUCUUCCAGAAGCCAACGCGACGCAACAGUCCGUCGAGAGUCUCAUCGAGGAGCUGCUGGAGCAGGCGCCGGGAGACUCCAACGGUCAGGGCAUCAGCAUCGAGGCCUUCACGCAGGAGCUGCGGGAGCUGGAGGACCGGGUGAAGGAGCGCGGCAGAGCAGCAGCCAGCCUGCAGCAGGAGGAGACGGCCAGAGAGCCUUCGACCGCCGAGCGGCAGGAGGAGGAGCAGCAGCAGCAGCAGCAGCAGCAGCAGCUGUCCUCGGCCCUGGAUGUGAAGCUGAUGGGGGACGCGAAGGCAGAGGCAUCUGUGGUGGGUCUCUAUAGUCCUGCCAGGCCACUAAACCAGCCUGCAUCUCAGCCUUACACAGGUCCAUUCAUCGUGGUUCUGUUCGCCAAGCUGGAGAACAUGCUCCAGAACUCCCUUUAUGUCAACAUCCUGCUUACGGGCAUCGUGGCCCAGCUGGCCUGCUACCCACAGCCCCUCCUACGCUCCUUCCUGCUCAACACCAACAUGGUCUUCCAGCCCAGCGUCAAGUCGCUGAUCCAGGUUCUAGGUUCCGUGAAGAAUCGCAUCGAGGCGUUCGCGGCGUCCCACGAGGAUUUCCCCGCCAUGCUGAGGAAAGCGCAGCAGUACCUCGUGGCCCGAGGUAAAGUGGACUGGACGGACUCCCCCGCCGGCGUUCCCACCCUGCGGCGCUCCGACUCACUAGUGAAGAGUCGCAAGCCAUCUCUCGGAGACCUGAUCCUCCGCCACACCAACAGCCCUACCCGGGCUCGGCACGCCGCGCAGCUGGCCCUCGCGCACGUACGGGACGGCAGCCAGUCGCUGCACAGCGCCCUGUUCCGGGGCGGAGGCGGCGCCAGCCUGGAGAAGCAGGCCGAGGCGCUGCGAGUGAAGAACGCCGUCUACUGCGCCGUCAUCUUCUGCGAGUUCCUCAAGGAGCUGGCCGCCCUGGCCCAGGAGCACGCGGUCGCUCUGCCUUUCCCUCACGGCCAGGAGGUGGAGGAGUAGUAGUCGGUAAAAACACAGACUCCUCACGUCUAGCUCUUAGCCUCCAUUUCUUUUUGUUCAGGCCGUAAAAAGAGUUGUAUAGGAUUCUCCCAUCACCAGAGGUCAGGCGGGAUCACUGAGACUUCUCCGUCUCCGACGUGGGGGUCGUCCGCCGCGACGCCGACCACGGCGAGGAAGGAAAAACGGUGGCGUUUUUGUACCAAAAUCAUUAUAGGAUACCUAUAGGACUGGGAAAUAUCUUCCUCAUCUGUAAACUUAUGAUAGUUUGCAUAUCAUGUAUUAUAUUUACAUUCUAUACACAGAAAAAUCUCAGCGGAUACUUGAGAUUUUGGGAGCUUGUACAUAACACGUACUGUACCUUUAGUCAUGGUAUGAUGUGAGCGUAAAAAGCCACAGAUAAAAGAAAAGUAGGUGCACAUGCUGGUGCUAGUCAGUUCACUUAUCUUUUAAAGCGGAAAGGUGCUUUCAGGCAGCACAGAGGAGAAGGACGGUUUUAUCAUCAACAAGAAAUUACGUCAAACACCAAAAACUGUUGAAAAGUGGAGGCAAAGUCGGUUAAAACACGGAGCGAUCCAAUCGGCUUCUCGUCCUCCCAUCAAGGACGGGAAGAAAACAGAGAGAGAAGAGUUCCAGUCAACAGUCAAAACAACCUCAAGUGUCCAUUUUGUUUUCUUUUCAAAAAAGGCUCCACUGCUGCAAAGACUAAGUCGUCGACGAAUGAGAUGAAAACUGGACGAGGUGAAGUGCCACUUUCUGUCCUGUGAAAUCAGCACGACCAUCACAAAUGUACUGGAACAAGUUUUUGGUAAUCAAUACCAUCUUCUUUUCUUUUUUAUAUAUUUUUGUUUUAAAUGUGUUUCGUCUUUUUGCAUUUGCACCAUUUUUCUAGACAUAUCAGCAGUGCGUGUGUGCGUGUGUGUGUGCGUGCGUGCGUGCGUGCGUGCGUGCGUGCGUGCGUGCGUGCGUGCGUGCGUGCGUGUGUGCGCGCGCGCGCGCGCGCGCGAGUGUAUUUUAAAAGCGACUCCUUUUUCCAGAAGGUGAUGAGAAGUCUCGGUCAAGCCAUUCACCUGUUGCCAUAGGAAAAAAACAAAAACGUUUGAGAUUGAAAAGGAAGCACUGCGUCACAAUUCAUGUUUCACUUUCAAAAGACCAGAGAGUCUGGGAGAAGGGAAGGAAUUCCGUUUUUCUCCGGAGCGUUGCCAUGAUUUCCAUCUACUUUGAAGUGACUGGUUGGGGAAAAAAGGUCCUAAUGAGGCGUUCAUUGACUUUUCUGUUGUUGGAGCUGCGAGCGAAGAGCUGAGCUCAACCAGAUGAGAUUUUUCCCGUCAGUUAUUUUGGGGGUUGGGGUUUCUAGUUUUUGAUCAGCUUCAAAAUGUUUUCAUCUUUUUAGGGGUGGGACAGGCCAAAACUGAACAUUCAUCUGGGAACUUUAACAUGCUGCUAUUUAUUUUAUUUUUUUUAAACACUAACACCCAUUUUUUAUUAGAUUAUUUAAUACCAUCUUUACAUUUCAUUGUCCGGUACCAAGUAUUAAAUGUGUGCGUGAGGAUGUGGGAGGAUGUGGGAGGAGUCAGUGCCUGUGUGUUGUGAUCGGCUUUUAAUUAUUUUAUUUUUUUUGUCUCUGAGAUUGAAUGAAGUUGCAGUCACAGUGUUAGAAGAUAAAAAAAAAAAGACAAAAUAUUCUCUGUCAACGUUUUGACGCUUGGAUUGUUGCGUGUUGUGGUUAGAUGAUAAUUCUUCAUUUAACAGGUCUGUAACUAGGGAUGCACCGAUUCCAGUAUCCGGUCCGAUACUGCGCUCAUGUACUCGUACUCUUACUCAUAAAACUACGCAGAUACAACAGCAACAGAUACCACUGCGGCGACAUGGCGUCCUCCAGACAGUUGAGCAAUGUCAGCAGUUUAUUGCAAAAACACGCAAACUGUGUACAAAAACAAAAAAGCUGGCACUGGCGAUCAUAAUUCUUCAUGCUGCCAAGCUAUACAGCACAAAUUCCAAAGGUAUAUUCCUCAUUUCCAAGCAGGGGCAGUUACUCAUAUUGGUACUCGGUAUCGGCAAGUAACAAAAUGUCAGUACUUGUACUUGUACUUGGUCUGAUAUAGUAGUAUCAGUGCAUCCCUAUCUGUAACUUUAAAAAAAAGGAGAUUUUUUUUGGAGAGAACGAACCUGUGAAACGAAGCCCGACACGAAUAUGACUGCGUUGUAAAAUCCAUCUGCCCGUGACUCAGCUUCUCGUGAAGUAAUUCAGUUUAGGUUGUUUUUUUUGCACAAACUCGCCAUUUCCUCUCAACACUUUCAGCAGCGGAGAAAACUGCCUGCGAAGUCUUAAUCUUUGCGUGUGAUUUACCACGUCGUCAGUCAACAUAUUCAUCUUCCUCGACUCGUCGUAGUCGUGGUCGUCGUGUUUGUACACGUAGAAGCUCCAUUGCUCACUCUUUUCUACCAGAUUUCUAGACACAUUUUCUAACACCCCCGCGCCGUCUUUUCGUAAACGAUACAGAUUAGUUAAGAGAUUUUCUGCAUGCACGUUAAGAUCCGUGGUUUUUAUCAUUAGAUAAUAAUUAAGUAGCGUGUAAUGAUAAGUUUUCCUUUGUUUUUUGCGCAAAAGUUGCCGAGCUUUGGUGAGUCAUUCAUCCCCUGGCGCCUGCAGAGAUCCACCAGAGAACGAUGUUUCACACUGAAUGUUUUGCUCUCGGCUAAUUCGAUUGGGAGAGAAAUCACUUCUGUAUUUUACCCGCUGCCUUCUGUCCGUCCAUCUGCUCACCGAGUCCUGUCGCACAUCCAUGUGUUAAGAUGAUAAUCGUUUUCUUUUUGUACAGAGGAAGAAAAGAAAAAAAAAAAAGCCAGAAGGCGAAAGUUUACCAGGGUCUUACACUCAAGUUGCAUUUUCUUUUUAAAUUCACAAACAGUUCUGUUGAAGACCGGGCAGAUUUUCGAGCAUGACGGUAAAUGUUCGGCUCCUCCGUGUCAUUCGCUGUCUGGUCUGUUGCUCCGUCGCGUUGUUCACAGUCAGUCGAGAUCUCUGUGAUUACGUAUGUAGACGCCAAAGACGAUACCUGACACGGUCCUGACAGUUAUUUAUGAAGCAUGGAAGUGCUUUCAAACGUUGCUAAAAUAAUUACAUCAUAACCCAGCUCAUAUUAGGGUUCCAGGAAAAGGAAAAUGUUAAAAGAGGUUAUUAAAUUAUGAUAAAGUCGUGCUCACUAGGUUUACUGGUGUUACACCGUCAGAUGAUAGAAGUUAUGGCUAAACCUAUGAAAGUUAAACUCAAGCUGUAAUAAUCAAGAGGUUUUUUUUCCCCAGAUGAAGCUUGGACACGGAAGGGAUUGUUUUUUGAAGCUUAUUAAUAAUUAAGUUAAAGGGAAGUGAUCAGUAACCCUGAGUUACAGAACUUAAAUUGUCGGCAUUGAUCUUGUUUGUGAAUGAAAAUCUCCCGUGUACAUUUUUUACGGCUCAACCCUUUUGUACUUAUUUUUAUUUUCUAAUAUUUUCUUGUUUUUCAUUUCAAGAGACAUAUUUGGUGACACAGUUUUUAAUGAGGGAUAAUUUCCUACCAGGGACUUGAGUUGCCAGAUGACAGACGGAAAGCAGAGCGUAAUAUUGUGCAGCACGGAUAUGGAAAAAAACUGAAUUCACACAUGGUGAAAUAAAAGUAGGGAGUUUACCUCACUUUAGGGAAGUUGUUUUACACAUAAUACACAAUAACUGACACUGAUUUAAAUGUGCAUUAAGCCAAGGGACUUUUGAAAAAAUAAAAAAUCUUAUUGUAAUGAAUUGACCGACAAAACCAAAUGAAUGAUGACCUCUCUUUAAAAAUAUAAAAAUGUAUAGUCUGUGGGUCAUAACAACGUAGGGCCUCGAUAUGUGUUGAAUUCAUAAACAGGUCGGUCGAUCCAAAUUAUCUGCUUGAUAGAAAUGUUUUUGAUUUUGAUUUUUACUGUAAACUGACAGAGUUGGUGAACCCAAAGCGAAGCUUAAAAAAAAAGAAAAUCAUGUCACAGUUUGUUUUUGUUUAUUUUUUCCCAGUUGUCUGUUGUCGUACUUGAACACUAAAAUUGCCAGUUUAAGAAGUUUAAUCAUUCAGAUUUUUUCUCAUUGUUGUUUAUGACUAAAUUCAGAGCGUCAUAAUCUCAAGUUUCUGUGUUUAGUGUAUUCGAUGCAAACAGCAGCAAACCAAAGUGAUUAACCGUCACUGGCGUUCAUUUGCGGGAAAAAACUUUUGCCGGAAGACUUGUUCACUUUCACUUUGCAACAUGUUACACUACGGAUGCACACGUCAUAUGAUUUAUUUAAUAACUGCACAUGGUUUUGACGUCACUGUUUCACACACGCUCUUCGUCCGAAGAUCUGAGAAUCCGUUUCCACUCCAGAUUUUUUCUUUGUCACGUACACGUCGUCGUGCCAUCUUUCUCGAUCUGUGGUCUUAUCAUGCGAUGUUACCGAAUCUCCACUUAUUGUUUCUUUCUUUUUAAAAAGCUUUGACUUUUUUUUCUGUCACUCAACAUUUCUCCCCUGUGAUCUAUGCAAAACGUGCUCUAACGUCCCCUGUUUCAAUCUGAAGAGACGACGUGGACGGAUUUAAUGUGUAAAUACUGUAAAGAGGGAGAGGGAGAGGGGGGGAAGCAAUGGGUCUGAAAUGCAGAGGUUUGUGAAAUAAUCAACAGGUCAGAAUGAGAAUCAUGCUAAAAAAUAAUGUAAUGAUGUUGAAUGUUGUCAGAAAUAUUUUUCUAUAUUUUGAAAUCAUUAGAGUAAAAAAAAAGGACAAAAUACAAAGUGGGAAUAAGCUGUCAGAAGAACACUACAAAGGGAAUGUUUUUAUUAAUUUAUAAAUUCUUUGCCUAGCAAUA